UGUUGGGGUUUUGAAAUGUUGUCAUUACAUAGUUUUUUGUUUGUAUUGUUGUUGGGGUUUUUCUGUGUUUGUUCUGGAUUUGAUCCUUCUGAUGAGUACUUAAUAGACUGUGGAUCUUCAAAAGAUACUAAUUUUGGUAAUAGGGUUUUUGUGUCUGAUAAAUCUGGUUCGAAGUUUCUGUCAGUUUCUCAAGAUAUAUUAGCUGAUAAUACAAGGUCUACUGAUUCACCCCUUUAUCAAACAGCUAGAGUAUUUACUCAAACUUCUAGUUAUAAAUUCCCUAUUACUAAAGUUGGAAGGCAUUGGAUCCGUCUUCAUUUUUCCCCAUUUGUGUACCAAUCUUAUGAUAUGAGUUCAGCAACUUUCUCUGUUUCAACUCAACAAAAUGUUCUCCUUGGAAAUUUUAGUCCUAAAAAAGAUGUAUCUGUUAAGGAGUUUUCUGUUAACGUAACGACGGGUGAUCUUGUUAUCACUUUUUCCCCUUUGAGUGAUUCAUUUGCUUAUAUAAAUGCUUUGGAAGUUGUCUCUGUACCUGAUAGUCUUAUAACUAAUGAUGCCUCGACGUUUGGUCCAUCUGGAGUAUUUAGUGGUAUGUAUGCACAAGCACUUGAAACUGUUGCUAGAGUAAAUAUGGGUGGACCAGCUGUAUCGUCUGAAAACGAUACAUUAUGGAGGAGUUGGGUGCCUGAUCGGGGUUACUUGACACAGCCGGAUUUUGCAAAGUCCUUGUCUAAGAUUGGAUCUGUAAAGUAUUUAGCGGGUGGAGCAACAUCGGAUAUAGCACCACCGAGUGUUUAUGGUACUUGUACUAAGAUGAAUGUGGAUGCUGCUGGUAAUGGUGCUAGUGCUAAUUUUAAUGUGACGUGGGUGUUCAAUGUGGAUGUUGGUUUCCAGUAUUUCAUUCGAUUACAUUUGUGUGAUAUUGUGAGCACAGCUGCUAAUCAGCUGUUGUUUAAUAUCUAUGUUGAUUCGUCGAAUAUAGCUUCUGAUUUUGAUCUGAGUUCUAAAGUUCAGAGCAGAUUGGCUACCGCGUAUUACAUGGAUUUUGUGACACCACAAGCUAAUAGCAACAACAUUAGCAUUAGUAUUGGCCCAUCUUCAAAGAGUGGUUUUCCAGAUGCCUUUCUAAAUGGAGUGGAACUGCUGAAGUUGAAUAACUCUCAAGGCAGCCUUGCUGAUGUUUCCUCUGUUCCUCCUUCCUCGAGCUCGGGCUCGAAAAAGAAUAUCGGAGUCAUCGUGGGCGCGAUUGUAGGUGUGACACUUGUGUUGCUCGUUGUUGGUUUUCUGUUUUGUAUGCGCAGAAGAAGAAAGCAGGAACAACUCGGCCUGUCGAAAACAUGGAUUCCUUUGUCUAUUGGUGGUGGUGGCUUGUCUCAUACUAUGGGAAGCAAAUACUCGAACGGGACGACCUUAAGUGCUGCUUCUAACUUGAGUUAUCGCAUCCCUUUUGCAGCCAUGCUAGCAGCAACCAAAAAGUUUGAUGAGAGUUUGGUCAUUGGGAUAGGUGGCUUUGGUAAGGUAUUCAAGGGCGUUUUAAACGAUGGGACGAACGUAGCUAUUAAGAGGGGUAAUCAUAGCUCCCAACAAGGUCUUAGAGAGUUCCAAACUGAAAUAGAGAUGCUCUCUCAGUUCCGUCAUCGUCAUCUUGUUUCAUUGAUUGGAUAUUGUGAUGAAAAGAAUGAGAUGAUUCUUGUGUACGAGUACAUGGAAAAUGGGACCCUCAAGAGCCAUCUGUAUGGUUCGGAUAUGCCUAGUAUGAGCUGGAAACAGAGGCUGGAGAUUUGCAUUGGGGCAGCCAGAGGUCUACACUACCUUCAUACUAGCUACGCCAAAGCAGUUAUACAUCGUGAUGUCAAAUCAGCAAACAUAUUGCUUGAUGAGAAUAUGAUGGCAAAAGUAGCUGAUUUCGGACUUUCUAAGGCUGGACCUGAGCUCGAUCAAACUCAUGUUAGCACGGCAGUGAAAGGAAGCUUCGGGUACCUAGAUCCUGAAUAUUUCAGGAGGCAGCAACUGACUGAAAAAAGUGAUGUUUACUCUUUUGGUGUUGUUCUGUUUGAAGUUCUUUGUGCUAGGCCUGUAAUCGAUCCGUCUCUUCCAAGGGAGAUGGUUAAUUUAGCCGAAUGGGCAAUGAAGUGGCAGAAGAAGGGACAACUAGAGCAAAUCAUAGAUCCCAAUCUUGCUGGAAAAAUAAGACCGGAUUCCCUAAGGAAGUUCGGUGAAACAGCAGAGAAAUGCUUGGCCGAUUUUGGCGUGGACAGACCUUCAAUGGGCGACGUGCUGUGGAACCUCGAGUAUGCACUUCAACUACAAGAGGCAGUUAUUGAGGUCGAUCCUGACGAGAACAGUAGCAAUCUCAUCGGAGAACUCUCUCCUCAGGUAAACGAUUUCAGUCACGUCGAUGCCACUACUUCAGCAAUGCAAUUCGAAGGGUCAAAUCUAGAUGAUCUAUCUGGAGUUUCCAUGAGUAAAGUUUUCUCACAAUUGGUUAAGUCUGAAGGAAGAUAAAUUUGGUGAAAGAUUGUAUACAAUUGUACUCCUUUUUUUCUUAGCUCCUCUUUUAAUUCCACUUUUU